AUGUUAGGCCCAGGUGCCAAACAAACGAAGUUCUGUGCCAUCAUAUAUGGCCCGUCUAACAAAGCGGCCAUCGUUGGCACCUGGCUCGACCAAUGUUCAAUCUAUCUUCAACUCCCGGAAAAGUGUGAUCGCCACAUGCGCUAUUCGAACCCUCACUGCCUCUCAUUUUCUGAUGAGACAGUUGUCAUGACGUCGGAACUUGAAAGUGUCCAUACUAAUACAGUGACUGGCCAUUCAGAUGGUGGUGUGGAUUACUAUGUAGAGCUUGAUUUUGACGAGAGCUUUGCCGAAGCUACGCAACCUGCUCUAAUCUCAGCUCCUCUCCAUAGCUAUCAGAAGCAGGGGUUAACAUUCAUGCUCCAGCGUGAGCAAGGCUGGCAUUUCCGUGAGUUUCGUCGAGAUGUCUGGAGAUCAUACUACGAUCGUCAUGGAAUCACUAGGUUAGAAAUGUCGCUGUGCUUUCCCCUUGGGAGUGAAGCUCCUGGAGUCUAG